AUGGCUGGUGAUUCAACCGUCACCCUCAUUACUGGGCCUAACAGAGGUAUCGGUCGCGGCAUGCUAGAAACCCUUCUCACCCGUCCAAAUAACACCCUCAUCGCCGCAGUCCGCGACCCAACAUCUAUCAUAUCUCAAACCCUCAAAGACCUCCCCCGAGCAGCAGGAACCUCAAUCCACCUAAUCAAAAUCGACUGCUCCAUUCCCACCGACCCAGCCGCAGCCAUCGAAACCCUAAAAGCCGUUGGCAUCUCCCACAUCGACACCGUCAUCGCCAACGCCGCCAUGGGCGACACCGGCGAGUCCGUCCUCAACACCUCCCCUGACGACGUCCGCCGCACCUUCGACACCAACCUCAUCGGCGUCCUCGCCCUCUUCCAAGCCGUCGAACCACUGCUCCGGGCCUCUGAGAGUGGAAACCCGAAAUUCAUCGCCCUCAGCUCGAAUCUAGGAAGUAUCGGUCUAGCACCCUACAUCCCCGGUCCUUGGUUCUGCUACGGCGUCACGAAAGCAGCAUUGAACUACAUGAUGAGGCGCGUGCAUGUCGAGAACGACUGGUUGACAGCGGUGUCUUUGCAACCGGGGUGGGUACAGACUGAGAUGGGGAAGUUUGCUGCGAAGGCUAUUGGGAUGGAGGAUGCGCCGAUGAAGUUGGAGGAUAGUGUGAGGGGAUGUUUGAAGGUUAUUGAUGGUGCGUCGCGGGAGAAGUGGGCUGGUGAAUUUGUUGAUAGUGAGGAGAAGGUUGUUUUGUGGUAG